CACAAACACCACUCCGGCUGGAGGAGGAGGAGCAGCAGCAGCAGCGCGCGAGACGCGAGACGCGAGAGCAGUCCGGCUUGUUGUAGACGCUGCGCGCACUCGCGAUCGACGCCGUGCUGUUCAUCAUCCGCACCAUGGGCUAAGAGCAGCACGCCGGGAUUACGCGCUUCAGCCAUGGGGACGCGGAGUGAUCUUCUGCUCUGAUUUUUUCCUCUUUUCGUUUUUUUUGUCCCCCUGAAAACGGAAGGCGCAGAAAUUGAACUGAAAGAGAGAAACGAGAAAGAGAGAGAAAGAGGGGGAUCCUUUAAUUAAUUAACCCUGUGCGUCUGGGUUUGCUCUGCUUGCUGUGUCUUUUUGUCUUGUUUUGGGGAGAGAUGAUUGCAGAUUUGGUGUGUAGCGCUGUCGCUCUGGUCCUGUACGUCAACACGCUGGGUGCUGAUUUCUGCUACGAUGACAGCCGUGCGAUCAAAACCAACCAGGACCUGCUUCCGGAGACGCCCUGGACGAACGUGUUCUACAACGAUUUUUGGGGUACCUUGCUGACACACAGCGGCAGCCACAAGUCCUACCGGCCACUCUGUACACUCUCCUUCCGCAUCAACUAUGCGCUGAGUGGCCUCGAGCCAUGGAGCUACCACUUGGCCAACGUGGCACUGCAUUGCAUUGUAACGGCGCUGUUCACACGCCUGGCACGCCUGCUUCUGGGUACGGGCUGCUGGCCGCUGCUGGCAGGCCUGCUCUUCGCCUCGCAUCCCAUUCACACCGAGGCUGUCGCGGGCAUCGUGGGCCGUGCCGACGUGGGCGCUGGGCUCUUUUUCCUCCUCGCUCUGCUUUGCUACGUGGGGCAUUGUGACCAGCGGGCAGAGGGUGCACAGUGUCAGAGUUGGGCCUGGUUCGUGGGCAGCCUGGUUUGCUCAACCUGCAGCGUGCUAUGGAAGGAGCAGGGCAUCACCGUGCUGGCCGUGGCAGCCGUCUACGACGUGUUCGUCUUCCACCGGAUGAAGCUGCAGCAGCUCCCCGGAAUCUUCUACAAGAAAAAUCACAUGCGCCUCCUGCCGAGUGUGUUUCUUCUUGGCUCCUGGGGCAUCUUCCUGCUGGGGUUCCGUCUAUACUGGAUGGGCAACAAACCUCCGAAUUUCUCCAACUCUGACAACCCUGCAGCAGACAGCUCAUGUCUUCUGACCAGGAUACUCACAUUCUUUUACCUACCUGCCAUAAAUGUGUGGCUCCUCCUUUGCCCAGACAGGUUGAGCUUUGAUUGGUCCAUGGACGCGCUACCCCUUCUGAGGAGCAUCACAGAUUGGAGAAACCUCCAUACCAUUGUAUUUUAUGCCACACUGCUGGCUUUGGCUUGGUUUGGCCUCUUUAAUCGAAAAAGCAAGGAGAAAGAGACAAACGGGAAGGCCCAUGUAGCAAAUGGAAAGUCCAGCACAAAUGGACACAGUUAUCAUUCAGAGUAUGAGAACUCUAUUCCAGACUCAGACUCUGUUCAGACAAAUGGGGCCAAUGGGACAAAAAAGCACUAUAUAGCUAGGACUUCUUUGCCCACCACUGAAAACGUAGUGGUCUUCUCAUUAGGGCUUUUGGCCAUCCCUUUCCUCCCUGCCACCAACCUUUUCUUUUAUGUUGGUUUCGUGGUGGCAGAGCGAGUCCUCUAUAUCCCAAGCAUGGGCUUUUGUCUGCUGGUGGCAGUGGGCAUGAGGGCACUCUGGAUCAGACUAAGGACAAACUCAUCCAAGACUCUGGUGCUUGCCUGCAGUGCUUCUCUAGUGCUGCUAUUUGGAGUUAAGACAUUUCUGAGGAACCAGGACUGGCAUAAUGAGGAGAUGCUGUACAAGUCAGGAAUAGCUGUGAACCCUGCAAAAGCUUGGGGGAACCUGGGAAAUGUUUUAAAGAACCAGGGGAAGGUGGCAGAGGCUGAGCAAGCCUACAGACAUUCUCUCUACUACCGAAGGAACAUGGCUGACAUGCUAUACAACUUGGGUCUGCUGCUACAGGAGAACAACAAGUUGUCAGAGGCUCUGCACUACUAUAAGCUGGCCAUCGGGAGCAGGCCAACUCUCGCUUCUGCCUACUUGAACACAGGUAUUAUCCUGAUGGACCUGGGCCGCUUUGACGAGGCCAAGCGAACUUUUCUUACCUGUGCCGACAUCCCCGAUGAAAACCUAAAGGAUCCUCAUGCACAUAAGAGCUCCGUCACCAGCUGCCUCUAUAACCUAGGCAAGCUGUUACACGAACAAGGACACCAGGAGGAAGCCCUGUCUGUGUACAAAGAAGCAAUUCAGAAAAUGCCCAAGCAGUUUGCACCUCAGAGCCUCUACAACAUGAUGGGCGAGGCCUACAUGAGGAUGAACAAGUUAGCCGACGCUGAGUAUUGGUACAGAGAGUCUCUCCGGGUCAAACCAGACCAUAUACCAGCGCACCUAACCUAUGGCAAGCUUUUGGCCAUGACGGGUCAGAAAGCUGAAGCAGAGAAGUACUUUAUGAAGGCCAUUCAACUUGAUCCUACUAAAGGAAAUUGCUACAUGCAUUAUGGUCAGUUUUUGCUGGAGGAUUCCCGUCUUUUGGAAGCUGCAGAGAUGGCGCAGAAGGCUGCUCAGCUUGACAGCGAGGAGUUUGAUGUGGUUUUCAGUGCGGCGCAUAUGCUCAGACAAGCCAGCCUCAAUGAUGCAGCGGAGGAGUUCUACAAGCAAGCAGCUAGACUGAGACCUGAUUACCCUGCAGCCUUGAUGAACCUUGGUGCUAUCCUUCAUCUUAAUGGCAAACUUCAAGAGGCUGAAGCUAAUUACCUGCGAGCCCUACAGCUCAAACCUGACGACACCAUUACCCAGUCCAACCUGCGCAAGCUGUGGAACAUCAUGGAAAAACAAGGCCUCAGGACAAUGGCCCCUUGACUUAAACAAACAAACAAAAAAGUGGAGCUCAGAGUGAAAGAUACCUUCUCAUGCGAAGUCAUACAUGUUGAGCAGUUCAGCAAGAAUGUUCGCCUUGUCGGUUUGCGAUCAAAGAUCGGUACAUUGGAGAACUUGCUUGAGAACUGCAACUUUAACACGUGCAAGAACUUUUCUGGAAAUUCUGCCCUGCACAGGACAAUUUCAACAGGAGCACUUAAGCUGAAGUGAGCUGUUGGUACAUACUUGAAGUUUCUUAAUACUUUGGCUAGAAUUGGUCUAAUGGUAUAUGAAAGGCCGUGUUUGGUCAUGAAGAAGUGCAAAAUUAGAAAAGAAUGAAUUUUGUGCUUUAAAACAUAAAGAGAACUUUAAUAUCAUUGGAUUCCUCAGUUUAUACUGUAUGAUUAGAUUUUCUGAUCUUAAAUGAAGCAGCCAUCACAUAUUUAACAAAGAAAUUCUGUCCAUCCGUAAUAGUGCACCUUAUUUUUUUACCACAUUUCUUUGCCAAUUUCGAAUGGUUAGCCAGUUCCCCUUAUAAAACAGAGGGUGCAAAGUCUAACCACAUGUUUCCUCUAAAAAAGUAUGAUCUUUUCACAUUGCUGCUCUUGCAUCAUUACAUGCCAGCUAAAAAUGUAUGAAGGAAAAUGUUAACCGUUCUCAUUUGUGUACAUAAGCUGACCGUGGCACACGAUUAUCAAGUAAACUACCGGAACCAGACAAAUAAUGGUCAGCAAUGGAUGUCGCGCUUUCGCAAAAAGGCGUCCUAAUUAUUCUCUCAUCACUUGAGAAUCUUUUUAAACUUUAGCUAUUCUGGAUCCUUGAUAAUAUAUAUUUUUUUGUUAUAUCCAAAACAUUUCCAAUCUUCCAAUGUCAUAUUUCACACAAUGUUUGGAAAUUCAUGUUAUAAAAUUCAGCUGCAAAAAAUAUUUGUCAUAUGAAAAGAGAUAAUGACUAAGCUCUGAAAGUGCUAACAAAAGAUAAAUAAUUGCCAUAAAGAGCGGAAGAAAUGUUGAUAUUCUGUACAUUAAUUUAUAAGCUCUUUCGUUGCAUUUUCGAGUGUCAUGGAUAGCGAUCCUCUUUACCAGAUGGAUUCAGUUGAAGCGUUUUGCCCAGAAAUUACCUGCAUCCUUGAAGUUAAUAAGCUACAUGUAACUUGAAGGUUUUUUUUUUUUUCCUUUAAAAAGCAAAACCUGUAUUUUAGCAUAGUUUCUCUGCUCUUUGUUCAUUUCUUUGCUAACUACGAAGGUUUUGUCUGUAUUGGACACAGAGCUGAAGGACUCUCAGAUCACUUGGCUCUGUGUUUUUGCCUAACAGGGUUUUAUCAGUUGUAAAGAUUGUACAGAAAUGUAUCGACAGAUGAUGUAGUAAUUUGCGUGUAACCGGGACAGGAUUUACACACAAAAUGCUACACUUUGGCCUUAUAGAAAUUUGUUUAAAUCAUAUUUUUUACUAUUCCAACCCAAAGCUUUACCUACUAUAUACAUUUGUGCUAAAGCCUACAGUCUGCCUUUUGCUGCCAUAUGAAUAACACAAUCUGAAAAUCACAUUCCUUACUAAUUUAAAAGCAUCUGUUUGGAUUGUUUUAUUAUUUAUUUAUUUGGGACAAUUUCUAGUCUGUCUUUUUUUUUUUUUUUUUUUUUUUAUUAACCCAGUUAGAAAAAAUUAACAAACAUUGGGCCUCAUUUAUCACUUUCUUUGGUGAAGGCCAAACUGAGCAAAUUUUUAAAUAUUUCAGAAAUGCUUUCUUUGUAAUCACACGUGCGUUUGCUGUUAUAUACUAAUCAAUGGCAUUUAUGUCAUCGCCUUAGCUGAGUUAUAUAGGUAAUGAAUGGUAAGGGGGACGUCACAGACGCACCCAUGAUUGACUAGUGUUGCCAUGAUUGGUCUAAGAGCGAGGGUAUGCCAUCUCUUCUCCAUUGGCGAAAGCACGGCCAGUCUUGAGAUCACCACACGCACUAAUUCUUCCACCUUUCAGAGGAUGCCAAUACUUGUUCCCUAAUGAAAUCGCUAGAAUAAUUCAGAUUUUAUUUAUUUGCAUUGGAUUGCUUUUGAAAUUAACCGUUAUGUAGAAUUGCAGUCUUUUUAGACAUAAAUCCACAAAGAGCUCUUCUAGGACACGGGCACAUUAUUUUCUGAUCUAAGUGAGCGUUCAUGAAUAGCCAAUUUCUUAUCUAAGCGUACAUUUACAAAUUUACAAUUUAUGAAUAUAUUUAUUAGUUUCCAGGAUGAUGAAUGAGGCCCAAUGCACUACUAGAAAUAUGUAUGUAAAUGUUUUCGUUUAAAGAUGAUUAGGUAUGAGACUCGGAGCAUCACCUGCAGUCCAUGCAUUACCAUUCUGGCGCCAGGCUUCAUGUUCCUCCAGCAGAAUGAUUAUACAAAUGUUUAAAGACGAACCUUUUUUUCCUUUGCUCUGUCAGAACAAAGCCUGUGUUGCCUCUCUGAGCCAAAACUUCAGCUAACAGCUCUGCCAGUUGGAAAAUAAUUUAUUGCAGCGGUAGUGCUAAGCAGGAAGCGCUUCAGCUACUACAUGAGCAUGCUCUUCUGAUUGCCUUCAUUUAGUUUCACAGCAAAACUGUAGCCGAACUUUGGAGUUUGUGUCAGAUGCAAAGCUUUGAGAGUCUCCUAACCAAAUAUAAACCACAUUGCACUCAUCUAACAAUGCACAGCCAUAGGUUUGUGAAGGACUGUUUAUAUACGUCAUCUUGGUGUAUUUUUUUGUGAUUUUAUGUCACUCAUACUGAAGUUUAGUGUAUAAAGUAAACCUAAUAUAUGCCAUUGUGUAAAAGAUGCUCGGGAUUUCACAAAGAACGUUGAGCCAGAAAUCACUAAAUCCUAACAUUCACUUGUUUUUUUUUUUUUUCUUUCUUUUUCUUUGUUUUUAAUUCAGGUGUUGUACAUACUGUGUGCGAAUAUAUUACUUGUAAUUAAAUUUCAUGUACUGUAGUCAACCCUGCCACUAGCUCAUGUUUCUCUUGUUUAUUUCAAAUCAGAAGAAUAUUCAGAUCUAAAAAGAAAAAAAAAACCGUUUGCUCAUUAUAUUUGAAAAGCAUAUCAUUGGAUGUUUAGCAGAUUUUAAUUCUUAAUUUAUUUCCAUUGUGAUGUCUUAAAAAAAUAAAAUAAACCAGCUGGCACUGUGUUGUAUAACCAUGUAACAAGUUCAUCCAUCUUUCUUUUUUUCUUUUUCUUUCUUUCUUUCAAAACCAUCUUUAAAAAAUAAUAAUGAUAAUAAUAAUAAUAAUAAUAAUUGAUUAUUAUUGGGUGAAACCUUCAAACCGGUUAACUGUCCUACUCUUAAAUAUUUUAAUAAGUAUAAUUUAUAAUCUGGCUGAUUACAAGAUCAGUAAAAUGAUGAAAAAUGCAAGCAUGGUGCCACUGUCAUUGUUUUUUUUUUUUGCUUCUCCCUGUAGCUGAGCUGACCACAGCCUGUUUUUCCUCCAUGGCUCACGAUGGAUUUAAAUGGCUGUGGCUGUGUUCAGACCAUGCCGUGUGUAACUAUACUCAGCUAAACCAUUAUAUAUGAAUGUAGUGCAUCUUUUCCCACUGUCUUUUUCCCCUCACUUUUCUUACUUGUACAAAAUGAAAACCAUUAGACAUGAGUCUUGCGUGUGUUUGUCUUUCCUCAGGGAUUUCAGUCAGUGGGGUUAUUGCAGAAAAGUGCUUAUUGAGCACUGACAGUUUACUAAAUUUCAGAAGUUUUAUUUUAUUUUUUUCAAACUGUGCUGUAUUUGUAUAAAUUAUCAAUUUGUAGCUUCUAUUUCUUCCCUUUUUUUGUAAUAUAAAAUAAAGUAUGUGCCAGAUA